AUGCCUUUCACCGGUUCUGACAUCUGCAAGAUCAUCUUCGCCGUCUUGCUCCCUCCUCUUGGAGUUUUCCUCGAGCGCGGCUGCGGUGCUGACCUCUUGAUCAACCUCCUCUUGACGAUCCUUGGUUACAUCCCCGGCAUCGUCCACGCCCUCUACAUCAUUUGCAAAUACUAG